GCCAUACAGCGGACGCUCAGUGAGCCCCGGUCAGCCUGGAUUUGACUGCUGAGCGUCUGGCUAACAGGUGGCGUUCAGGGGAAACAGUGGAGCUCUGUGCUGAAGGGAAACAGCAGCAGCAGCAUGUCGGGGAUCCAGAUGUGGUCACUUCUCCUGGUUCUCUGUGCUGGCAGCUUGGAGGCUUGGUGGUUUUCCAAACAACCUCAAUCUACAACAUUAAGCCUAACCACAGAAGGAGCCACCACUCCCAGUGGGGUGUUGGUGACAGAAGGGACGGAGGAUGGGAAAAUAUCGCAGGUUGGGGAGGAAAUCCUUAAAGUGGCAACAGGAAUACGUCAGGUUGUCGACAACUGGGAUGCGACUACAACCGCCUGGACUACCAGUGGAGGCCUGACAGGGACGGUGGAGGCAGCAAAGCCCAACAGUACAGAUGAAAAAGAAAAAAGCAGUGUCGUUUUGCACCAGCUGAUUGGAGAUCCUCCACCGGAUUCAAUCGCUAAAGUUACAAGGGCCGCAGGAACUGUCUACAAGUUUACCUCAGCAUCGUCAUCAGGACAACGGGCCCAGAACUUUGUCCCCAGUCCAUUCUACAGGGACUUCACCAUCAUUUUCCACCUCAACGCUUCCACUCCUGCUGCAUCCGUCCUCUUCUCCAUCACAGACAGCGCCCAGAAAUUCAUGUACAUCGGUGUGAAGCUCAGCACACCGCAGUCUGGUCGUCAAAAGAUCCAGUUCUUCUACACUGAACCCGAUUCUGAGUCUUCGUAUGAAGCGGCCAGCUUUGACGUUCCAAUGCUUGAUAUCUAUUGGAAAGUUUUUGCUCUGUCUGUGAAUGGCGAACAGGUCAGUUUUUACUCAGAAUGUGACAGGGAUCCAGAAGUCGUGAGGUUUGAGCGCUCGCCUGAUCCGAUGGACCUGGAUCCUGGAAGUAUGAUCUUUGUGGGUCAAGCAGGAAGAGCUGAUCCAGACAAGUUUGAGGGUGAAAUUAGAGAGCUAAGACUCGUCGGAGACCCUCAGGCAUUUCAGGACUUCUGUGACUAUGAUGAUUACGCAGAUGAAAGUUCUGGAGAUGAUGGCAACAGAAAGGCUGAUAGGAAGCAAACAGGAAAGACGGUCUCUUCUACAUCCCUCCAUUCAGUCUCCAAGCCCACGAUUUCACACCAAAAAGGAGCUGGAAUCAAAACCUCAGAAAAAAGCAGUGUCGUUUUGCACCAGCUGAUUGGAGAUCCUCCACCGGAUUCAAUCGCUAAAGUUACAAGGGGCAGAGGAACUGCCUACAGGUUUACCUCAGCAUCGUCAUCAGGACAACGGGCCCAGAACUUUGUCCCCAGUCCAUUCUACAGGGACUUCACCAUCAUUUUCCACCUCAGCGCUUCCACUCCUGCUGCAUCCGUCCUCUUCUCCAUCACAGACAGCGCCCAGAAAUUCAUGUACAUCGGUGUGAAGCUCAGCACACCACAGUCUGGUCGUCAAAAGAUCCAGUUCUUCUACACUGAACCCGAUUCUGAGUCUUCGUAUGAGGCGGCCAGCUUUGACAUUCCAAUGCUUGAUAUCAAUUGGAAAGUUUUUGCUCUGUCUGUGAAUGGCGAACAGGUCAGUUUUUACUCAGAAUGUGACAGGGAUCCAGAAGUCGUGAGGUUUGAGCGCUCGCCUGAUCCAAUGGACCUGGAUGCUGGAAGCAUGAUCUUUGUGGGUCAAGCAGGAAGAGCUGAUCCAGACAAGUUUGAGGGUGAGAUUGGAGAUCUAAGACUUGUGGGAAACCCUCAGGCAUUUCAGGGUUUCUGUGAUUAUGAGGAUUACGCUGAUGAAGUUUCUGGUGACGGGAGUCGGAAAGAAAACACUAAGACGACCACGUUUCCACCCCUCCGUCCAGUACCUGUACCCCCAAUUUCAUCCCAAAAAGGAGCCAGAAGAGGAACCUCAGGAGGCAAAGGUGAGAAGGGCGACAGAGGAGAGAAAGGCUUGAAAGGGGACCGAGGUCUUGCAGGGCCAAAGGGGGAUUCAGGCAGCAGCUCAGGCUCAAGUUUUUCCUCUCAGGGUAGAGAGCAUGGCGACAAAGGAGAAAAGGGUAAAAAGGGUGAUACUGGUUUUGGAUAUCCUGGCAAAAAGGGUGAACGUGGCGUUCAGGGGCCCCCUGGUCCUCCUGGUCCUCCAGGACCUGCAGCCGAGGUUUUCAAUCUCGGCGACGGCUCUGUUGUGCAGCCGUUGGCUGGUCCAGCUGGGCCACCCGGGCCACCAGGGCUGGAAGGGGCUGAAGGACCUCAAGGGGCUGAUGGACAGCCUGGUGAUCCAGGAGAGGAUGGAAAAGCUGGUCCUGCUGGACCGCAGGGUAUUCCAGGAAUUCCAGGAACGGCUGGUAUGAAAGGCCAAAAGGGUGAAUCUGGAAACGGUUCCCCUGGACCAAGAGGUCCCCCAGGUCUUCCAGGACCUCCAGGACCUGGCACUGGUGAUCGUCCAACAUUUGUUGACAUGGAGGGUUCAGGAUUCCCAGACUUGGAAACUUUCCGGGGUGCACCUGGUCCUCGUGGGCCCCCUGGUCCGCCCGGCCGUCCUGGGGCACCUGGUACUUCAGUACUCGUCGGACCUGAUGGUCCAGUAGCCGUUGGACCUCCUGGACCGCCUGGACAAGAUGGAGUCCCUGGCCUACCAGGCCCACCUGGACCUCCUGGUCUCCCUGGCAGAUCUGGGUUCAGAGGAGAAAAGGGCGACGGUGGUGAUCUUGGCCUUCCUGGUCCAGCUGGGGAAAAGCAAGACACAACGGACUCCAACCCUUUCAGUUACUUCUUCUCUUUCUUUGCUCCAUCCUCUUCGGGUGGUCAGGGCGAUGCGGGAAGGACGGGUACUCCUGGGCAGUCUGGUUUGGCAGGACUUCCAGGUCCCAUGGGACCAGUCGGGCCUCCAGGGCCUCCUGGACCACCCGGGCCACCGUACCUCGCUGGCAGUAGGAAUCAAAAUGAGGUGCUAAAUGCUCUGCCUGGCCUCAGAGGUCCACCUGGACCACAGGGUCCACCUGGCAUUGCUGGUCUACCUGGCAAGCCAGGUUUUCCAGGGGAUCACGGAGCUAAAGGAGCAGAGGGACCAAGGGGACCUCCUGGGAUUCCAGGCAUUGAUGGAUACCCUGGAACACCAGGUAAACAGGGAGAGAGAGGAGAGAAAGGAGAGACGGGUCGUCCAGGUCGAGACGGUGGACCACCUGGACCACCUGGACCACCUGGACAACCAGGACAGAUUCUCUACCAGCCGUCGUCAAGAGAUUUUAACGAGGUUUAUUGGAACGAAUUGGGACAGAGCGGAUCAGGGCGAGCAGGACUCCAAGGAUCAGUGGGGCCUAAAGGAGACAAAGGGGAUGCUGGUGCUCCAGGAUAUGCGCCUAAGGGACAGAAAGGAGAGCCUGGCAUUAUCAUGGGACCUGACGGGAGACCGUUGUAUCUGGGAGGCCUGACAGGACAGCCGGGUGAGAGAGGAAGUCCUGGCCCAGUGGGACCUCCUGGUCCACAAGGUUCUUCUGGACCAAAAGGAGAGAUUGGUAUUCCUGGGAGAUCAGGUCGACCAGGAUUAAACGGGGUCAAAGGAGAGAAGGGAGACUCUGGCGGUGGGUCUGGAUACGGUCACCCUGGCAUCCCAGGACCUCCGGGGCCCCCUGGGCCCCCCGGACCUCCAGGCGGGCAUGAUGAGUACUCAAGGUAUUACGCAGUUAAAGGAGAGAAAGGCGAUCCCGGACCACCAGGAAUACUUGAAAUUCAAGGUCUGGGAACAGGCUCUGACUUUUACACUUUAAAGAAUGAGUUGAAAGGUGAGGAGGGUUUGAAAGGAGAGAAAGGAGAACCAGGCGGCGGUUAUUAUGACCCCCGAUACGGAGGAGGAGCUGGCUCACCAGGACCGCCUGGACCACAAGGUCCAAAAGGAGAAUCAGUUGUUGGUCCACCGGGCCCUCAGGGGCCUCCUGGACCCCCAGGAAGAGGCUAUGACGGUCGACCAGGACCACCAGGCCCACCAGGACCUCCAGGUCCAUCUCUGUCUGGGCCCUAUGGAGGAACACAGACUAUCAGUAUUCCUGGACCCCCAGGACCUCCUGGAGCUCCAGGUCUUCCAGGACACUCUUCAGGAGUGACAGUGUUUAGGACUUAUGACACCAUGGCGGCCACAGCUAGAAGACAGCCUGAAGGAUCUCUGGUGUACGUUAUCGACCAAACGGAUCUCUACGUACGAGUCCGGGAUGGAGUCCGACAAGUUCAGCUUGGGAACUACAUUUCUUUACCCAGUGCAUCGGGCGUCGCAGUUGAGGCGUCGCCCCCCGUCAUCCAGACCCCAUCACAGUCAAACCCAGACUCUGAUCCCCGGUUCCGACCCGACUCACGAUACCAGACAGAUCUGGUUUACCCACAGCCGUCGAAUCCCAGAUACCCCAGUUACACGGACCGCUUCAACCAGCCAGACGGUCGAUAUUUGGACCCCCGCUACUCGGUCACCCGUCCUCAGAGACCGCCGCCUCCGGUUCCCCAGGCUCCCAUCCACAGACACACCUCAGGACCAGCGCUUCACCUGAUUGCGCUGAACAGCCCUCAGAAGGGCGGCAUGCGAGGCAUCUCCGGCGCAGAUUUCCUGUGCUUCAGCCAGGCCCAGGCCAUUGGGAUGAAGGGAACUUUCCGAGCCUUCCUGUCCUCCAAACUGGAAGAUCUCAACAGCAUCGUUUACAGCUCCAACAGGGAGAACGUGCCAAUAGUCAACCUGAAGGAUGAGGUUUUGUUCGACAACUGGAACCGCAUUUUCAGCGAUAGCAGAAUGAGGGACAACGUUUCGAUCUACUCCUUUGACGGCAAAGAUGUUCUCCAAGACGACACAUGGCCAGAGAAGAUGAUGUGGCACGGGUCGACAAGCAGGGGUCAGCGGAACGUCGACAGCUACUGCGAGGCGUGGCGCGUCGGGGAACGGGCGCUAACGGGCAUGGCGUCGCCGCUGCAGAGCCGCAGCCUGUUGCAGCAGAGCUCCAGCAGCUGCUCCAGCUCCUACAUUGUGCUGUGUGUCGAGAACAGCUACAUCCAUGACAACAGGCAAAGAUAGAUCUAGUUUAAGCUUCAAUUUGUCUGCACACCGUUUGUGUUGCAUUGUAUAUAUGUUUUUAUCAUGAAAUAUCACUUUAUGUUUGUUUAGCCUGGAUUUAUGGUGCUAGAGAGAAUCAUCCUACACAUCUGGUUAAACUCAGGUGACUCAGUCUUAUGUUGGAGGUAUAUCAUUGUUUUCUUGCUUACUUUUGGUUUCAAACUGCUUCCCUACUCUAAGAUUAAGGCAGGCCAGGAAUUAAUCUUCCUUUAUUGUGAUUCAUUCAUCCAUAAUAUCCAUCCACCCUUCCUUUGUUCUCCGACUUUCUGAGAUUAAGUCACAUGGGUAACAAGUUCAGGAGGGGAACCUGUUCCAAGUGAUACUCUGCAGCUAUAUUAGGAGAGUCCAGGACAUUUGGAAGGUAUUACAGUCCCCCAAGUGGAUUCUGGGUGUCUUCACGUAUCUCCUCAAUGCAAAAUGCCUGGAGACAACUCUAAAGACCACCCAAUGAGGCACCCAAAGCACCUCAAUUUCUUUCAAUGUGGAUGAGCAGUGGCUCUACCAAUAGAUCUACUAAUGGCUUUCCUGGUCAUGGCUUGAAGAUGCAAACAGAAUCAUAUAGUCUGCAAAAACCAAAGAUGAGUUCUUGAGGUUCUCAAGCAAGCUGCAACUACACCUUGAGACCUUGGUGACCAAACUUUACCUUAGUGAAGAUAGACAUGCUCUUCCCAACUUUGUGCCAAGAAUGCGAACAGCUAUCACAACUCUUGGAUUGGCUCUUCAAGGACUGGAUACGCCAACAAAAUGCAUUGGCGAACAAGGUAGUGAGCUUUCUCCACAUCCACAAAAUCAAUUUGGAUUGGAUAAUUAAACUGCCCUAAUGGUAAACACCUCAUUACAGUUCUCUUCCUGAAUAUAAUGGUUCAACAACUGGUCUGGAACAUUCUUUCCAACACCCAGAAAUACAUUUUCCAAGUUUUUGUUUAAAACAAUUUUCACACCAAAAACUGUCCAUUAAUUUCUGUUAGGUCAGCAUGACAUGAGGACUGAACGUACCAGAGGAACCACUCUGAGCAAUAAUGGUUGUUUUCUGACCCAGUUACAGUUCAAAGGCCUGAGAACUGUUUGGAUAACCUUCAUAAUUGGGACAUUACAGUAAGGAUGUGCAAAGAUGAACAAGUUGCCAGAAACUCCUGGUUGUUUGGAGGAGAAACAGUUACCAUUUUUUGCCAUAUGAAGACUAAGACAUCUGCUUUGCUUCAAUGCUAUGUUCGCUUGUCUUUUCCAUGUUGGAGAGUGGCGUAGAAGAAUUUAGAAGAAUUUCAAAUUAAAAGUUGGAUUUUUCCAUUUCUCCAGGAAGUGAUGAUGCUACUGUAACAAAAAGAGGCUUUUUACACAUUUUUAUAUGGACUUAGGGACCAUAGCCGCCCGCUGAAAAUGCUUAUAACUGACUAUUUUAAUAGUUCUGACAAAAAAUAUUCUUCAAUAUGCAUUAUUACCAGAGUGGAAACAUCUACAGUCUAUUUUAUCUUCCUUUGUGGGUGUUCAGCCAAUCAGCUGCAAGAAAAAUAAAUUGUGCUCCUGGAUUGGCUGCCUUGCAAACCCCAGCCGAUAGUAGCAUUAUUUUUAGGUAUUCCAGCUUCCCCAGCUGCCUUUUCUUUUAAUUUUUUUUAGAUAUGCUCAGCCAAAAAUAUGCAAAUAACUUGGAAUCACAUUCCACAGAAAAAUAGGUGAGUAGGCGUGUAAAUCCAGUAAAUCCAAGUGACUGAACAAACCAAAGAUUAGAUGAUUCUUCUCUGUGAAAUAUAUAUUUUUCACUUCUGUACACUGACUGCAGCCCACGGCACAUGAGUAUUAUCAAUUUAUCACUUUGCUACAAGAUGGAGAAUAUUUGAAAACUAUAUUUUAUAUCAAUAACAAAGGGAUAUUUAUUAGGUUUUUUUAAAUCAACUGCUUUUUUACUCCGACUGUAACGUGUGAUGUGAUUUGCUUUCAAAGUUUGAGAGCACAGAUAUAAAAUGUAUGAACAGAUACGUAAGGAUUCAGCCAUUAACCUGCUGUGCACUGUUUUUAUUAUAACUUCAGCUGGAGAUUGUUUCUCUGUCAUCCUGGAAAGAGAUGUCAUGGUUGAAUAAACUUGUGUGAGAAAACGUGA